AUGACUAAUCCGACUCCGUCUCAGUCUUCGUGGCGAUCGAAACAUGACAUCUUCAUAAGCUUCCGCGGUGUGGAUGUGCGCAACACAUUUGUAGACCAUAUGUGCGCCACACUCCGCAGAAAACGAAUCAAGUCGUUUAGGGACAGCGACGUGGAAGACCUGGGCCGAGGUGAAAACGUGGAGGAAGGCAUACUACGAGCCACCGGGGGCUCGAGCUCCUACGUCGUCGCUUUGACAAGGAACUGUGGAUCAUCCGUUUGGUGUUCGGACGAACUGGUCAAGAAGAUGCAUUGUGGAAGGAGGAAAACUGCAACUUAG